AAUAAUAAAAGUGGGACAAAAUUUUAACACAAACCUCACUUUCAACCCAGAAUAAAGCGAACAUCGGUUGAACCCAAAUCUCUCUCUUACUUUCUCUCACUCUUAUCAUCUUCUUGCUCUCCAAUUUCACCACAGCCAGUACUCUUGUGUUUCUUCUAUGUCGAAUAACGAGAAGAAACCCCCAUUUCAUUUUGAUCCUUUCGACUCUAGUCCUCAAGGAUUUAACCGGUUACCCUUUAACUUCUUUCAGGAUCAUCAUCAAAAUCCAAAUCCUUCGAUGUAUAAUAAUCAACGUCCUUCACCCACACAAGGCCUACAAGGGUUUGAUCCAAGCUCUUACAGUAUGAGCUUCACUGACUGUUUACAUGGCUCCAUGGAUUACAACACUCUAUCAAGAGCUUUUGACAUCUCGUCCUCAUCAUCUGAAGUGAUUAGUCCCAUAGAAGACGCUUCAAAUAAUAAGAAAACUAGUACUCUACGUGUUGGUAGAGAUUCAGCUGGAAUCAAUGAGAAUCCAUCUACCCCAAAUUCUUCUGUUUCUUCUUCCUCUAACGAGGCAGCAGCUGAUGAAGAUUCUGAGAAUAACAAGAAAGACAAGCAACCGAAAGCCCCUGAAGAUGGAGAUCAGGAGAAGAAUAAGAAAGCUGGGAACAAGCCAAAAAAGGACAAAAAACAAAGGGAACCGCGGUUUGCUUUCCUCACUAAGAGCGAAAUCGAUCAUCUUGAAGAUGGGUACAGGUGGAGAAAGUACGGACAGAAGGCAGUCAAGAACAGCCCUUAUCCAAGAAGUUACUACAGAUGCACUAGUCAAAAGUGCACAGUAAAGAAGCGCGUUGAAAGAUCAUUCCAAGAUCCCACAAUCGUGAUCACAACAUAUGAAGGCCAACACAACCAUCAGUGUCCUGCAACACUUAGAGGCGCGGCAGCCGGAAUGCUAUCACCUUCACUCUUUGGGUCUGCGUCGGUUGGUCCAAGCUUUCCUCAGGAACUUCUCACUCAUUUGCUUCCAAUUCAACCCCUUACAAAUAACCAAGCACUCCCAGCUUCAAUGCGCUAUCAGAAUCUUGCACCGCAGCAGCAGCUCCAGGUUCCUGAUUAUGGCUUAUUGCAAGAUUUAGUUCCCUCAUAUAUCCACAAACGGGAGCAAUGAAUCCAUUACUUCGUCUCUCCAAACUAAUCCUCUACGGGAAUUCUCUUCUCAUAGAUGAGCUAAUGCCGAGAGAGUUAAUUUCAUAUUAGUGACGUAUUGGAAUAUUCAUUCGCAUUCAUCUUCUGGAGCUUGGAAUACCCCAGUAGCCUUUUUCAAAAAGUGAAUGAUGUUCAGUAUGUCUGUUGUCCAUUGCUGCUGCCAAACUUGCAUGAAACCAAAUCUCAAAUGGGAUAGUGGUGAAGUAGUGUUAAUAGUAUCAUUAAGUUUGUGAAAUUGCAAUUAAUGGUGGUUGUUUGACCACUUAUAUGGAGGUACGUAAUAUAUCUACAGAUGUCAAACUUAGCCAUGUUGUCUUUAAGAAUAUCAAUGCAGAUACUACGGAGUUUUAAAGUA